UCUGGGUCCGGCCUGGAUGGCACUUCCCCACUGGCGCCAUGCACAUGUCCCCCUCCCCUGGCCGGUUCCACAGCUCUGACGCAGGUUCUACGGCUCUGUGACAUCACCAGUGGGGCCAAGAAGCAGGAGGUGAAAUGGGCCCAGAGCUCCAGGCAUCUCUCAGUCUGCCAGCUGGUAUGUGACAACCCUGCCUGCCACAUAUCUGCCCCAACAGCCCUGGCACCCAUGCCAGCCCUGCUGCCUGCAACCUCGGAGCAGGGACAGCCCUCAGGACCUCUCCCAGGGGCUGUGCUCAUGAGGCCGUGUGGACGAGUUGCUGGCAGUGGGGGGGCCACAGCUUUGCAACAGCUCCAGCUACAGCCCAGAGUCCGUGCAGUGCUGCAGAGCGCCACGGCCAAGAAGGGCAUGGAGAUCCACCUGGAAACCUUCCCAGCCUUGGCCAGAGGGUCAUGGAGGAGGUUGCAGCACCUCUCCCAGCUGCCCCUCCCCAAGCUGAUUCAGGCAGGGGACAGUGCCCUCCAGCCCCGGAGCCGCCACCUGCCUUUCGUGCCCUCUGACAGUUUGGACCGUGUUGACCUGGCCGUGCAGCGCCAGCGCCUGGGCUCACUCCUGGGCCUACUGACACUCCACCUAGAGUCCAUCACCCCUAGGGCCAUCCAGGCUCCCUCUGGUCCAGAUGCGCCUGGCAGGUCACCCAUCGAGUCCCUGCAGAACCCGUUCCUCAGGCCAUAUGCCUUAGAGGUCCACAUGGGGACCAAGAAGCUGCCGUGUGCCUGGGGCUGGCCUGAGCUCAUGGAGAAGUCGCUUGGGGCCUUUGUGCUGGGAUCCCCCAGGAUGAUGUGGACCCCUGCCCGACACCGCGCCGAGCUGCAGGUCUAUGUCGGAGGAACAGGGCCCCCUCCCAUCAGCUCAGAGACCAGGAGCUGCCUGGAGCACCACAUGUCCCGUGGCUACUGCACAUCCCCUGGCCACCACUAUACACAUCUCCAUGUCCACAUCCAAGGACCAGGGGCCCCUCCCAUAAGCCUGGAGACCAGGAGCAGCCUGGAAUCCCAUGUGUCCAGCUAAAGAGUCACAUGGCAAGCAAGUGCCUGGAGGUGAAGCUGGGGUGCAGUCAUCCCUGGUGCAGAGGUCUCGGAAGCUGGCUGCUGAGUGGGAGGGACCAGCCUGAGCUGUCCAGAAAAGCCUAUGUUCUCCUGCAGCUACAGACACUACAUAAUAAAA